AUGUCUCGAGCUCUUCGUUUCAAUGAAGCGUCGCCUCCCACCAUGGAUGAUCACAGCACCGCCAGCAGGUUUGCCACAAAUGACUUUGUUGACAAGGAUCCUACGAACAACGGUACCGCUGGUGAAUUCACCAAGGAGCAGGUGUUUAACGAAGCAUUCGAGGGAAACGCAGCGAGGCUUCACGGCCUGCUGCACUACCUGCAACAUAACAAUAUGCGACUGACAAGCCCAGAAUUCAAAGAUAAAACCAACGGGAAGACUGCUCUCCUGAAAGCUCUGCUGAACCUGAAGAAUGGUCAGAAUGACACCAUCGACGUCUUCCUUGAUAUAGCGGAGAAAACUGGAGAUUUAAAAAAUCUGAUCAAUGCAGAGUUUACAGAUAAAUUCUACAAAGGUCAGACACCUCUGCAUGUGGCCAUUGAGAGGAGAAGCUUUAGAUAUGUGGAGCUGCUGCUGACGAAAGGAGCAGAUGUUCAAGCCAAAGCCACUGGAGAGUUUUUCCAGCAUAACGCAAAACAGGGCUUCUAUUUUGGCGAGCUCCCUCUGUCGCUGGCUGCCUGCACCAACCAGCCUCGUAUCGUGACCUUACUCAUGCUCAACCCUCACAGAAGAGCUGAGGUGAGGGACCAGGACUCGCAGGGAAACACCGUGUUGCACAUCUUGGUGAUCACAGCAGACAACACUGAAGGAAACACCAAAAAGAUCACAGAGAUGUAUGACAGAGUUCUUUUUCUGCACAACAAGCUCAAAAAAGAAACUCAAAACUCACAAGAAGCUGGAAGAGGGAAGCUGGAAGAGAUUCAAAACAAUCGAGGCCUGACUCCUCUGAAGUUAGCGGCCAAGCUCGGCAGGAUCCAGCUGCUCAGACACAUGCUCCAACGAGAAUUCAAGGAUGAGGAGACGAGGCAUCUGUCCAGAAGGUUUACAGAGUGGGUCUAUGGACCCGUUCACUGCUCACUUUAUGACAUUAGCUCCGUCGACACCAACGAAAGCAACUCUGUGCUGGAGAUAAUCGUCUUUGGGAGGGACGUUCCGAAUCGCCCUGAGAUGCUUGAAAUCGAACCUCUUCGCAGUCUUCUUGAGGAGAAGUGGGACAUGUUUGCUUCCAAGCUGUUCCUGCUGAACUUCUUGGUGUAUCUGAUGUACCUGAUCAUCUUCACCACCGUGGCCUUACACAGGAAGGACGGACAGCCGCCGUUUCCGGUUGAGGGUCCUGUCGACUGCCUUCGUUGUGUUGGUGAGAUGGUCAGCGUCGUGGGAGCGCUGAAGUUUUUCUACCAGUCGAUAACCUUCUUCCAGAGGAACCGUCCAAACCUCCAGGCUCUAUUCACUGAUGGGUUCAGUGACAUCCUGUUCGUCUUCCUUUUUGGAUUUUCUGCUGCUGUUGUUGCUCUGAUGAGCAGCCGCCCCUUAAACCAAAGCAACCUGACCGAUGCUUCGGCGGUACAAGGACAAAGCUCUGACGCGGACAAACCAAAAUUCAGCAACUUGCGCUUCACCGUGUUGGAAAUGUUCAAGUUCACCAUCGGAAUGGGAGACCUGCAGUUCACCGACCAGGCUGAGUACAAGGAAGUGUUCUACGUCCUGCUCAUCUGCUACAUCGUUCUCACCUACAUCCUGGCGCUCAACAUGCUCAUCGCCCUGAUGGGCAACACGGUCGAAAGAAUCUCCUCCCAGAGUGAAAUCAUCUGGAAUCUACAGAGGGCCUUUACAAUUCUGGACCUGGAGAGGUCUCUGCCCACGUGUCUGAGGAAGAAGCUGCAAGUCAGAAGAGAGCACGACGAGUAUCAAGGACUUUUCAGGGUGGAGGAGAGGGACUGGAAGCAGUGGAGGUCAGAUCUCGGUGUACAACGAAAGGAAGACCCGCUGCUUUAUAACCCUCCUGAGUCUCACUGGAACGUGGAAUGGUUCCUGGACAGGAUGAAUCCCAGACGUCGCCUGUCGCAGCAGGCUGGGAUCCCCUAA